AGAGAGAGAGAGAGAGAAAGACGGUGUUUUCGCAGCAGUAUAGAGCUCGGGUCCAGUCUGGCUGCUCCCGGAGAGACACGGAGCCGCUAUGUCCCGACCCGUCUGCUGCAGGCCGACGAGACUGGAGGAGAAGCAGCUUAGUAAACUGCCAUCUUCUCCAGCAGAUGAUUGAUGGACCUCCAUUGUGGCCAAGGGGACAUGAUUCUACAUUCCUCUCCUGUGGCACAAUGUCGAAUAUGAUUUACCUGACUGCCAGUUUGUACUUGCCCGUUUUGCUGUUCGAGGCCUUCGUGUUGUCCAAAGGCAAGUAUGAGAGGUCAGCGGUGCCGAGCUCUGCCUCUCGCCUGGUGGCGAGGAUGGACGGGGAUAUCAUAAUCGGCGCCCUCUUCUCUGUCCACCACCAGCCAUCGGCUGAGAAGGUGGCAGAGAGGAAAUGUGGGGAGGUCCGCGAGCAGUACGGCAUCCAAAGGGUGGAGGCCAUGUUCCACGCCUUGGAUCGGAUUAACUCGCACCCGAACCUGUUGCCCAACAUCACCCUGGGCUGUGAGAUCAGGGACUCCUGCUGGCAUUCUUCCGUGGCUCUGGAGCAGAGCAUCGAGUUCAUACGAGACUCGCUCAUCUCCAUCCGGGACGACAAGGACGGCUCCAGGUGGUGCAUCGAGGGGGUGCCUUCCAGUCAGCCGCCAUCAACCAAGAAGCCCAUCGCAGGGGUCAUCGGACCCGGCUCCAGCUCUGUCGCAAUUCAGGUCCAGAACCUUCUGCAGUUGUUCAACAUCCCGCAGAUUGCCUAUUCUGCAACCAGUAUUGACCUCAGCGACAAGACUUUAUUCAAGUACUUCCUCAGGGUGGUGCCCUCAGACACCCUUCAAGCCAGGGCUCUACUGGACAUUAUCAAACGAUACAACUGGACCUAUGUGUCUGCAGUGCACACAGAGGGUAACUACGGAGAAAGUGGGAUGGAAGUGUUCAAGGAGCUCGCCUCGCAGGACGGCAUCUGCAUCGCCCAUUCGGACAAGAUCUACAGCAACGCCGGCGAGAGGCACUUCGACAGACUGCUGAGGAAGCUGCGGGAGCGUCUGCCAAAGGCCCGGGUAGUCGUCUGCUUCUGUGAAGGCAUGACAGUCCGCGGCCUGCUCAUGGCCAUGCGACGGCUCGGAGUGGCCGGAGAGCUGCUCCUGAUUGGCAGUGACGGCUGGGCCGACCGCGUCGAGGUGGUAGAGGGCUACGAACAGGAGGCCGUGGGCGGCAUCACUGUGAAGCUGCAGUCCGCAGAGGUCUCAUCCUUCGACGACUACUUCCUGAAGCUCAGGCUCAGCACCAACGCUCGCAACCCGUGGUUCCCCGAGUUCUGGCAGUACCGGUUUCAGUGCCGCCUCCCUGGACACCCGCAGGAGAACAUGAACUAUGCGCGCAACUGCUCAGGUUACGAAAGUCUGGAGGACAACUAUGUUCAAGACAGCAAGAUGGGCUUCGUCAUCAACGCCAUCUAUGCCAUGGCCCACGGGCUGCACGACAUGCACGCUCACCUCUGCCCCGGCCACGUGGGGCUGUGUGACGCCAUGAUGCCGGUUGACGGCAGCCACCUGCUGGACUUUCUACUCAAGACGUCCUUCACCGGUGUUUCCGGAGAGGACAUAUGGUUCGAUGAGAACGGGGACUCACCUGGGAGGUAUGAGAUUAUGAACUUCCAGCGCGUGGAGCCUGGUGUUUACGACUACAUCAACUCUGGCUCCUGGCACGAGGGCGUACUCAGUCUUGACGAUGACAUGAUCCAGAUGAACCGCAGUGACAUGGUCCGCUCUGUCUGCAGUGAACCCUGCCCCAAAGGAGAGAUCAAGGUGAUCAGGAAGGGAGAGGUGAGCUGCUGCUGGAUUUGCACAGCCUGUAAAAACAACGAGUUCGUCCAGGACGAGUUCACAUGCAAGGCCUGCGAGCUGGGCUGGUGGCCGGACGAAGAGCUGGAAGGCUGUGAGCCAAUCCCCCUGCGCUGCCUGGAGUGGAGCAAUCCAGAGUCCAUUAUCCAGGUGGUGUUCUCCUGCCUUGGCAUCCUGGUCACGUCAUUUGUUGCCUUCAUCUUUGUCUUGUACCGUGACACGCCUGUGGUUAAGUCCUCCAGCCGGGAGCUCUGCUACAUCAUCCUGGCAGGCAUCUUCCUGGGCUAUCUGUGUCCUUUCACCCUCAUUGCCCGGCCCACCGUGGCCUCCUGCUACCUCCAGCGGCUUCUCGUUGGACUCUCAGCCGCCAUGUGCUACUCUGCCCUGGUAACGAAAACCAACCGCAUUGCCCGAAUCCUGGCAGGCAGCAAGAAGAAGAUUUGCACCAGGAAGCCGAGGUUCAUGAGUGCUUGGGCUCAGGUGGUUAUCGCCUCCGUCCUGAUCAGUGUCCAGCUCACCUUGGAGGUCACCCUCAUCAUCAUGGAGCCACCUGAGCCAAUCAAAUCCUACCCCAGCAUCAGAGAAGUCUUCCUGAUCUGCAACACCAGCAACCUUGGUGUCGUCGCCCCGCUGGGCUACAAUGGCUUGCUCAUCAUGAGCUGCACCUAUUACGCCUUCAAGACCCGCAACGUUCCUGCAAAUUUCAACGAGGCCAAAUACAUCGCCUUCACCAUGUACACCACGUGCAUAAUCUGGCUGGCGUUUGUGCCAAUCUACUUUGGUAGCAACUACAAGAUCAUCACAACGUCCUUCUCCGUGAGCCUCAGUGUGACUGUAGCCCUGGGCUGUAUGUUCACACCAAAGAUGUACAUCAUCAUCGCCAAACCAGAGCGUAAUGUGCGGAGCGCAUUCACCACCUCCGAUGCUGUGCGCAUGCACGUGGGCGACGGCAAAAUUGCCUGCCGAAGCGGCAGCCUGCUCAACAUGUUCAAGAGGAAGAAGAACCACGGAAACGGCAGUUCUAAUGGAAAGUCUGUGUCAUGGUCUGAACCAGGUGCAAGACAUCCUCCAAAAGGGGAUCACACGUGGCACAGACUGUCAGUGCAUGUGAAGAGACAGGAGGCAGGUUCCAAUCAGAUGGCCGUCAUCAAACCCUUAACUAAUACAUACCAAAACACAGCAAUGGAUUUCUCAAACCUCAGCACUAAGACUCUGUACAACGUGGCGGAAGAGGACGAGGGUGACCCUGUCCGAUACAACCCCCCCACCACUCCCCCCAUGAUGGCCCACGGACAAAUACGCGCUUGUGGGCGGAUGACAGACGUGGGCGAGGAGGUGGCGCUCUAUACCCAUAAGCAUCUGCAGAAAAACAGUAUGAUCCCCCAACAUGUCCUCAUGGACCACCUGCAGGAGGAAGUGGUGGUGAGCAAAUUUAACUGUGAAAUCCCAGAGCUCAACGAUAUGAUAAGCAUGCCCGAGGCCGUGAGCGGCGGCCUGCCCGUGUACCGCCAGGCCCGCCUCAUCCAGCGCGACCCGGCCCUGCCCGUGCUCCUCGACUCCUUCGACGAGGAGCCCGCCUCCCCUCUGGAGGAGGACGGGAUGGAGAGUGAGCACUUUGGCCUUCUCCACGGCUACAUCUACAACAACGCACAGAUUCAUGAAGAGGACGACCUGGUUGAGAUCAAGUUGGCCAUGGAGGAUUCUUUGGCUCUUAUGCCUCCCUCCCCCUUCCGAGAUUGCGCCGUUCCUCCAGCGAGCCCCUUCCCCAAUUCGCCGGUGUCCGAGUCGAUUUUGUGCACUCCUCCAAACGUGAUGUAUGCCUCUGUCAUUCUCCAAGACUACAAGCAGAGCUCCUCAACUCUGUGAGGGCACACGAAAAACCGUUCAUGAUGAUGCAUAAGGGAAAAGCCAUGAUGUGGUCUGAUGAGUCAUUUUCUCUCUAUAACUUAGUCGCUUCUACAUGAUAAGGGUGAACAACACGGUGCCACAUUAUAAAUUAUUUUAAAUGUUAGAUGAAAGAAUUUGCCUAAAAUAAACAUAUAUUUCUACGCUAACGUAAGCUUUUAGAAUAGACUUUCUUCCUUUGAGACCUAUAACUAAGAUUGUCCACGUACUUUUAUGAAGUAAAUCCAUUUGAUAAGAUUUAUUUGAAUACAUAUAGAAUAUGAUGUAACAAGCAGAUGAGUUGUUGAUUUUAAACAGGGUAACUUACUGGUGAUUAUAGUUUGUAUGGUUACAGUUCAAUUUGACAAUGUUUUAAGAAAAUGUGUUAUGCUGUACACAUUGUGUGUUUUGUGAGAAGAAAGAGAUGGAAGAGUUGAAAGGAGUAAUUUGACAUCUUUGGGAUGUAUGGUCAUUCGCGCUCUUACGGAGCAUUAUGCUGGGAAGAUUGACAUCACUCAUAUCUGACUAGUAAAUAUAAAGAAAGCUACAGCUGGCAAGCCUUUAGCUUAGCAUAGUAUAAAGACUGGCAACGGCUGGUGAAACAGGUUAGCUGCCAAACUAAGCAGCUGCUGACUACAGCUUCACAUUCAGUGUACAGUCAUCCGAGUUGUAUCAACCGUCUUAUAUAAAUCAUGGUAAGACUACAAUUGAGUGUUGUUCCCCAAUUAUCAAACCACUUCUUUAAGGUAUAAGUGAAGUGAAAUGAAAAGAAAAAAAAGUGUUGUCCUUUGAGGAAAUUUAAAUGUUGACAUUGAACAGACAAAAGAAUUUUUUUUAUCAGUACAGUACUUGCCAGUCAAGUGCACUGACUGUAUCACGAAUGUAGCAGAGGACGUUCAAGUGCCACAUUUUCAUCGAGAAUUGUUUUUCUAUAUAUGUAUGCAUUUAUCUCAUUUCUCAACGGUCUCAAAUUUGUAUCUUUUAUAAUCUUAUUUCGUAGAUGUAUUCAUGUAUGUACAAGAUAAACGAUAUGCAUAAUGUUUUGUGAAUGUAUGAAUUGUGUAUCAUGUUUUGGUAUUCAGAUUAUAUGCAGUACAGUAUUAUAGAGAGAGCUCAUUCGCUGUGUAUGCUUAUAUUGUGUGAUUGGCUGUGUAGACCAAUCAGUUUCCUAAAUACUUUUAACAGCCUAUUGAAACUGUAUCAUGUGAUCAAGUGCUAUUGUUCUUAAUAUUCUCAAUAAGCUAUUUGCAGCCUGACACGGUACAUGCACAGAAUGGAUCAAGUUUGCCAUUUAAAGGAAAUAUACUCACUGUAGAGCAUUUGAAAGAAAAACUUAUUUGAUUGGAGUAAAUUGAAUAUUUUUUA